UUGUUUUGAGUGAAGACCCUUGGAAAUUUGCGCUCUAACAAGCAUCAAUUUUUCGGCUUUAUCCUCGAGAGUACAAUGGCAGUCCCAGGUCCUAAUAAGGACAACAUUCGAGCAGGGUGCAAGAAAUGUGGAUAUCCGGGUCACUUGACAUUUGAAUGUCGAAACUUUGUAAGAGUUGACCCCCAGAAGGACAUUGUCCUGGAUGUAAGCAGCACUAGCAGUGAGGAGAGUGAAGAUGACGUACCUGCAGCUCAGCGCAAUGAGAAACUGGGGCGAAGCAGAGGUUCCUUUGACAAUGACAACGACAGUAGAAAGGGGAGACACAAACGGAAGAAGAGCAGCGACAGAAAGUCAAGAAAGAGAUCUAACUCAUUGAGUGAUGACACUAGAAAGAAGAAAAAGAAACGCAGCCGUUCCUACUCCUCAUCUGAUGAAGAAGACAGGGGGAAGAAAAAGAAAGUAAAAAGCCAGAAGAAGAAAAGCAAGAAGAACAAAAGGGAACACGGGAAGCAUCAGAAGAAGAGACAGAAGAAGCGAAAACAAGAAUCAUCAUCCUCGUCUUCUUCUUCCAGCUCCACUGAAUCUUCAGACAGUGACUGAGACAGCUGAACAGUGCAGUGACUCGAGGUCUGAUAUUUAUUCUCUAUUGCAUUACUGACAGAGACAUGGAUCUAAAUGAUUAAUUAGUGCAAAAACACUGCAAAGUACAUUGUAUACUGCAGAUAAGUGUUUUAUACCAUUGUGAAAAUAAAAAAAAGUGUUUGGUCUUUUCAAAAGCAUUUUUGGAAACCGAUACAAAGCCAGGGAACAUGUUCAGAUUUUGUGUUUCUUUGUCCCUCAUCCACAGCAGAGGUUUCCAAGUCCAAUCAAGAAAAUAAGUUAAGUGGAAAAAGCCUGGAUAUCUUUAGUAAUGAGUUUACAGAUUCUGUGCUUUUGUUUUUCUUCUUCUAUACAGUUUGUUACUUUGAUACUUGACAUUGAAUCCAAAAACAUUGUAAAAGGUCAGAUAGGAAUGCCAAACAUAAUUCUCUAUGAUUCGAAUGGCUAAGGGUAACAAUGGCUAAUACUUGAGGCUUAACUGUUGGCAUUGACAAUAAUCAACUCUUUUUUGUCAUUGCUGACAAAAACAGACUUGGUACUUGUUGAAGUCAGAAAAUCUUAAAUGUUUGUUGUGUACUUUUGCUAGGAUGGCUUUACAGUACAGUAAAACUCCUGAAAGUUUCUUUUCAGACAAUGUGAUUCAUAUAAUUGUUGUCAGAGAAUGGCUGUUAUCAUUUAACUACGCACACCUAAUAGCGUAUUUCAAAAGUUCAUUCCAAAACACUGAUCUGUGUAAAUUUUUGGGAACUGUCAUUAACUGAGUAUCAUUAUACAGCUUUGUUUACUUCCUGUGCACAAUUUGUCAUUGCUUCAGUCUGACUAUUUUGGUCCUCCACAUUGAGUAUUCUUUUAUUGUAAUAAAAAUAUAUAUUUGUA